AUGCAAUACUCAUUCUCCGCCGUUGCUCUCAUCGCCUUCGUUGGCUUGGCCAAUGCCCAAAUCCCAGCUUGUGCCACAACAUGUAUCUCUGAUGCCGUGGCCUCUGCCACGACCUGCGGAGCUACCGAUAUUGCAUGCCAGUGCGAGACUGCCAACCAAUCCGCCAUCACUGCCGCUGCUACAUCCUGUGUCCUCGCAGCCUGCGGAGACCAAGCUAUCGCUGUCCUAACCGCCGCCCAAGCCGCUUGCGCAGCAGUAUCUGCCUCCUCUGCCGCUGGAGGAGCUUCUUCCACGGCUGCCUCUGUCUCCUCCGCAGCCUCAAGCGUCGCGUCAUCCGCAUCGAGCGUCAUCGCCUCAGUGUCCAGCGCUGCGUCGACCUACGCCGUAACCACCCAAGCUGAGCCCAGCGUCACCAUCUUGCCUACCCCAUACCCAUCUUCCAACGCUACUGCUACUACCUCCUCGGCGCCUAUCCAGGUCACUAAUGCCGCUGGACAGGUCGUUGUUGGUGCGGGGAGCUUCUUCGCUGCUGGUAUGGCGGUUUUGGCUGCUUUGUAA